AUGGUGGCUCGAGACUUCAAUGCCGACUUUGGCGGUGUUGCCAAAUCAUAUUUGCAACGUCUGGACUCUCUUUCUACAGCAGAGAUUGGCGCCCAUGAUAAAUCUGGGCUACAGCUCCGAGAAAUCACAGUGCUGCUUCUGAAAGCAAUUUAUCAGCUGGUGCAACCAGAAGAAGUGAUGGCUAAUUUGUACGUCGUCAUCACACUCAUCUCACGUCGCUUCAUACAAUAUUUCGGACUGCCAGGCUCCCCCACAGGAUUCAAGAAGGAGCUUGAUCAAGUGGCAAUCUGCUUAUACAUUCUUGAAAGCACUGUCUGCCUCCAAUGCGGCCUGCCUUCAAUAUGCAUGUUCAACUUGCAGAGACCUGAUGCGUUGUCAGCGCCAGAAGUGGUUUUACGAAACCAAAUCCAUCAAAUCGCUUCUUUAACAACAACCUACUCGGGUCCUGAAUGGCAGAAUUUCGUGCGCAGUCUCAACCUACCCAUAGCUCCGGCACCCGUCAACCGCUACGACACGCUGAAGUUAAUUACCCUGUUCAGGCUGUCAAUGGAAGAGGCGUCUCGGAGUUUGGCCUCUCCAUCUCACCUAUCACAGAAUUCGGAGCUGUUGGAUCUCGUUGCCUUUGCUGCCCACAUGUACAUCGAAAACGUUGUCGAAAGAGAAGAGCGAAAUACCUUGUGCAGCAUCCAAUUAAGUGCCGAAGGUGUUCUACAGGCCGGCGCUAUUCUAGGAGCGCAUCUUGUGAUCUUGGCACGCAGACCACACCUGACUGAGACUUCCUGGACGAAAAUAAGUCGUGCGGACAUCCUGCUUGGCUUCGUUCAAGUCUCAUCGUUGCUAUCGUCAUUCAAGCAUCGCUGGGAGCCUUGUGCUGCAUAUGUCAAGCUGUGGGAUACUUUUGCUGAAUUUGUGCUGGCAAUUUCCAUAUGA